AUGCUUAAACGGGAUUUGUUGUACAAUGUGACUGAUGGGGGAGGGUGGUGUUAUGCUGCAUAUUGUAAUGCAUCUUGUCAUAUUGAGAAACAUACUACUCAAUGUCCCACAACCAUCACCACAACCCCUGGCACCCCUACGACUACAACCAUUGCUCCACUCGAGGACUGCAUCUAUAUGAAUGAAACAAGAUUGCAUGGAGAGCGCUGGUCUGUUGACAACUGCGUGAACUAUACCUGCCAUAAUGGCACGAUAAUAAAGACACCAUAUACCUGUCCACAAGUAGUUCAACCCAUAUGUGCCAAUGGACGUUCGCCUAUUAAGAGCUCUGAUGAAAGUGAAUGCUGCUACCGCUAUGAUUGUGAAUGUGCGUGCAGUGUCUGGUUUAAGUUGCACUACAACACAUUUGAUGGAAAAGAUUACACUUUCCAUGAGUACUGUGAUUUCUACCUGGUGAAAGAGAUAAUUCCAAAAUACAACCUGACUAUUAUAGUGGAUAAUCAGGCGUGUGACCCCGCAGACAGCAUGUUCUGUCCCCAGGCCGUCGUUGUUCUGUUCCAGUCCUUCAAGAUAGUUUUGACUCAGUCGAGGUCUGAGGGUCUUGUGGUAUACUCUGGAGGAAAACGCAUCUAUCCUGCCUUUAGAGAUUCCCACAUGUCCUUCACUAGAACAAACAUGGAGAUCACAUUGAAUAUACCAGUGAUUGGUCUAACAGUCGUCUAUAGAAUCCAUUCCUUCAGUGUUUACCUUCCUUCGACUCUCUUCGGUGGGAAUACCGAGGGACAGUGUGGAACCUGUGACAACUCCAAGGCCAAUGACUGCCGUUCCCCAAAUGGGAUGAGGGGAAGCUGCUCAGGCUGUGCUGGCCAUUGGGUUGUCCCAGGAACACCCUGUGAAAUCCCCAUACCUCCCCCGUUUCCAACACUAACACCAGAGACCACAACAGUCAUAACAACACAGCUCCCCUGUAGACCAUCCAUCUGUGAACUCCUGACCAGCAGUGUAUUUGAGACGUGCCAUUUAGCCAUAUCCCCGGCCCCAUUCCUUGCAGCGUGUCUCAUUGACAUCUGUAUUACUGGCAAUAUCACCUGCAGCAGCCUGGAGACCUAUGCUGCUGAGUGUUCUGAUAAAGGGAUCUGUAUUGACUGGAGGAAUGCUACCGAUGGGCUGUGUGAGCACAAGUGUCCAAGUGACAAAGUGUACAAGGCCUGUGGCCCUUCUGUGGAGCCCACAUGCAAUCACAGAUACAACAACAUGUACAUUGUGGGAUCCGCUCCAUCUACAAACGACAUGAAGGAGGGUUGCUUCUGUCCCGAGGGCACCACUAUGUUCAACCAAGUCUAUGACACGUGUGUCUCCUCUUGCGAUUGUACUGGACCUGAUGGGAAACCAAAAAUGCCCGGUGAGACGUGGACAAGUGGCUGUGACAUCUGUGUCUGCGACAAUGAUACCAUGAGCGUCCAGUGUGAUCCUGCUCCGUGCCCAACAACAAUGUCCAUCCCCGACUGCAGCCUGGAGCCUGGCGAGAAGCUGGUCACCAGGACAGACGGCUGCUGUUCAAAACAUUCAUGUGAAUGCGAUGUUGCUCUGUGUCCCGCUCCAAUGACCUGCUCACUGGGCUUCCGUCUCACCUACACGAAUGGCACCUGCUGCAAAUCCUUCCAGUGUGCAUUGCAAAAAAACGAGAAACAGUCUGUUUUUUCUUCUCCAUCUCCCUCACUUCAUCUCCAGGGUUUUGAAUACCAGGAAGUACCUGAAAAGUGUUGCGGCGAGUGUGUCCAGAAGAGCUGUUUCCUCAUCGCACCUGACAACACAACACAUAUCAUUGAGGUCAGUUGUGCCAAAUUGGUACAGAGACGACAGACGCUAGUGGAUGCUGCAGAAUCUACAAGGUUGUUUGUUGUUAGUAGAAAGUGUAAGUUGUUUUGUCUUACAGGUACAUUGAGAAGCGUCUGUGAAGUCCUGAGUAAGCAGGAAGUCAUCAAGGUGAAGGACUGUAAGAGCCCAGGGCCGGUCAACAUGACAUACUGUGCUGGACACUGUGGAAGCAUGUCCAUGUAUUCUGCUGCCGCUAACAGGAUGAUGCACCAGUGCGAGUGUUGCCAAGAAGCCAGGACGAGUGAGGCUCAAGCAGAACUCAAGUGUGCAGAUGGCACGACGAUCCAGCAUCGCUUCACCAAAGUGGAGAGCUGUCUGUGCAACAGAGCAGAGUGUGUGGGGGGGACAACAAAUGUUCCAGCGAGGCGCCGCAGGAGACGCUGAUCAGUCUGAACCCCUUCAGACACCAUUCAAGACAGAACGUCAGAGCUUCUUAUACUUCUAUAUUUCAUGAUCUCUUUAUUUGCAGUGAGUGU